AAAUGUGGUCUUGUUUCGAAUGUGGGAACCAAUAUACGGUAGUUUUUGUUUUACCCGAUGGGGCGCAAAGGCGCACAAAGUUCAUUCGUUGCCUCGGUAACAGCGUUGCGUACAGUAGUGAGCUGUUUAACCGACAUGGACAUCAGGGAGCCGGAUAUCCGGAGUUGUGGAGACAACAUGGUAAAUGUGUUCGACACGGACGAGGAGCACUUUGCUGUUUCCAGUUCCUCAGCUGCAGACACGGCCUUCGAUGGAGUUAUUGGCUGCAUAGAGGACAUCAUCAUGGAGGACGACUUCCAGCAGCUUCAGCAGAUUUUCAUGGAAAAACAUUACCGUGAGUUCGAUGACUCUGAUGAGAACAAGCUCAGCUACACGCCCAUCUUUAAUGAAUAUAUUGACCUGCUGGAAAAAUACCUGGAGCAGCAGCUGAUGGAGAGGAUUCCCGGCUUCAACAUGGACACCUUUAAAGAGUUACUCAUGCAGCACAAAGAGGAAGUGUCAGGUGACAUCUUUGACAUGUUGCUGACGUUCACUGACUUCAUGGCUUUCAAGGAGAUGUUUCUGCAAUACAGAGCUGAAAAGGAGGGCCAGUGUCCAGACCUGAGUCAGGGACUUGUGGUCACAUCUCUAAACCUUGGAGGCUCCAAGCAUGCUGACUUUAAUGAAUCUCAGUGAAUCUCUGGAAAAUUGUUCCAGGGCCUUAGUAAAAGUGUUCAAUUCAGAGUCUUUUAACAUAAAUCUUCUGUCUGUAACGGAUAAUUUAUAUUUGUGUUUCUCUGCGUUUUAUGUAGAGGGAUCAGUGGAAGAACCUCUCUGUUUCCGUUUGCCAUGAAAGUUUGAAGGUUUUGCCCACUUUCUGUUCACAAUCACUCGACUGCAUGUGACUACUUGAAAAGUCAAUAUUUCUUCAACUGUAAUUCGUGUUUUCAGUCUUUCACUCGUGCAGUGAUUCUGUUUAUAUUUAGCUUUUACUGGAACUGCCUGUUUGAAACAUAGGAACUAGAGUAUUUCUGUCCCUCUGCUGUGAAACAAAUUUGCUUCUUUUUUCAGAAAGUAAAGUAGAAGUAAUAUAUGUUUUAUGGAGAUGUAAAUUAUUUUAACAGUCUUUGAGUUUUGAACUUGUCAAAGUAAUGUUUAAUGUAAAACGACUGUGUGUGUCUGCAGUUAGUUUUUGGUACAAAUAGUUUUUUACGUGUUUAAAAAUGUUUCAUUUUCCAAGUAAGUUUUUCUCCAGUGAAAUGCUGUUGUUUGUUGUUGUCUGUAAAACAAACGAUAUUUUCAAAUAAGCACAAAAGAAAAACCUCAGUCGUUUAUUUGAAGUGCGUAGCUGAGCUCCAGCACUCAGCGCAGGAUUUCACCAACGUUCAAACUCUUGGUACAAAAAGACUCUGCGUGGUUCAUAAAGGCACGUACAGUACAGCAGGAGAGGAGCAGACUUUCACUUAAAUCACACAAAAACAAUAUUCCACGCCUGUGGAACAAUAUUUGAA